GUUAUUGUGAGAGCGCUUCGUAGCGUUUGCAGGCAGGCAGUGCACAUACAAAUACUAGCACAUUCCCAUUGAAAAAUCCAUUGCGUUAUCGCAGACCAUGGCGGCUGCCACCAGCAGUAGCACAGCCACACUGCAGAUAAAGCAUUCCAACAUCGACCACGCGAGAAAACGCAUAGACCCCAGGAGGAGACAAGCAGCCCUUUCUUUCCUUACCAACAUUUCUUUAGACGGCCGGCCAGUGCAGGAUGACAGCGACAAUCAGGGCGAAGAUGCAGAUGGGGCAAUUGAAGCGAGGACUAGACAGAGCCUGGUUUCUGCAGAAAGGGGGAUCAACCCUGCUGCCGCAUCAUCAGCGGCCCAAGCGUCUUCUGCAGCCAACCAGGCUCUGCUGUACAAUUCGCGAACUGGCUUCGGGGUGAGCCCGCUUGCAGCCCCAAUGUGUGCCGACCCGGAAAGAGACGUCUUUGCCAGCGGAGUGCACGGUCCUGGCCAGCCUGUGUUCAGCUCUCCAUACCCUGCAGUAGCAGCAGCGGCGAGAGGGAGGCUGCAGUCAUUCACUCAGGGAAUCCUACCUGCCACUUUCUCCAGACAAGCAUCCCAGAAUUACUGCUGUCUGGAACCAGGGCAGAUUGGCAACACUGCCUUUGAGCUACAGAGAUCCAGGCGAAGACUUAUCUCCCAGCGCUCCUCUCUGGAGACCCUGGAAGACAUUGAGGAAAAUGCUCCCCUGCGCAGGUGCCGCACUCUAUCAGGAUCACCCAGACCAAAGAGCUUCAAGAAGGUUCACUUUAUUAAGAACAUGAGGCAGCACGACACCAGGAAUGGCAGGAUAGUCCUUAUCAGUGGCAGAAGAUCCUUCUGUAGUGUAUUUUCAGUGCUGCCCUAUCAAGAUUGUAGCCAAGCAGGGGAGCUGAAGCUGGAGGGUGGACGUCCGCGUCAUCCCUCUGGAGGUGUGGGCGCCAAGGAGAUGGUGAUCGGCCUCGAGGGCGUCGAGCUGGGGGCCGACGGCAAGACUGUCUCCUACACCCAGUUCCUGUACCCUACAAAUGCCCUGAGUGCACGGAGGAACACCAUCGACUCCACUGCUUCCUUCUCCCAGUUCCGAAACGCAAGCCAUCGCAGCCUUACAUUGGGCAGAGCUAACAGCACCCAGGGGAGCAUUGAUGCAGGGAGUGACAUUGCAGACUUUUUGGAAUAUGACCCGAACCUUCUCGAUGACCCACAGUGGCCGUGCGGGAAACACAAGAGGGUCCUGAUAUUCCCUUCUUACAUGACCACCGUGAUUGAGUAUGUGAAACCAUCUGACCUCAAGAAAGACAUGAACGAGACCUUUAAAGAGAAGUUCCCUCACAUCAAGCUGACCCUGAGCAAGAUAAGAAGCCUGAAGCGGGAGAUGCGCAAGCUGGCCCAGGACGAGUGCAGCUUCGAGGAGCCCACAGUGGCCAUGGCCUUCGUCUACUUCGAGAAGCUGGCCCUCAAGGGCACGCUCAACAAGCAGAACCGCAAGUUGUGUGCCGGCGCCUGCGUUCUGUUGGCAGCCAAAAUAGGAAGUGAUCUCAAGAAGCAGGAGGUGAAACAUUUAAUAGAUAAACUGGAAGAGAAGUUUCGCCUGAACCGGCGUGAGCUGAUAGCGUUUGAAUUCCCAGUGCUGGUGGCUCUGGAAUUUGCUCUGCACCUCGCCGAACACGAAGUGAUGCCACAUUACAGACGGCUCCUGCAAAGCUCCUAGCACUGGCUUAUCAUCAGGAGAGUGUUUUGCCACUCUUCUGAUCUGGGCUUCUGUUCAGCUGACUCCACAAGAGCUCCUUUCAUUACUAGAAACAGCAAAAAUCAUACUCGAACUCAAAAUGUGGAACUUCAAUCAGCCUGAGAUGAAAGGGUCAGAACUACAUGUGAUAUUUUUUUUUUUUUUUGGUUGGUUUUUUUAUUCAUCAGAAGUGGCUUACUCCUUUUGAAAGCACUGUUGCUUAGGAUAUGUCCGGGUUGCUAAGAAACAAAACUGACAACCUAAAAAGCAGUGCUGAUGUAUAUAAAAAAGAAAGAAAAACCCAUUCCCUAUCUUUGUACCAAGAGGACAAUUGUAUGAUUAGAGGGAAAGAGAUCAAACUGUCAGUAAAAGAUUACAGUAUUCAUGUUUUUUUUUUUUUUUUUUUUCUUGUGCUACCAUGUUAAACUGAUUUAUAUCAGUAAAUCAGUGCUUUAUUAGGGGAGUGGGAAGAAGAGCUGUUUUGUUUUUAGCCUUUGUUUUGUCUCAGAACUUUUCCUUAAACUGGAAGCAUUGUACCCCACAGCUCUUCAGGCUGAUCUUGCCCCUAUUGUUUUGAUAGGUCUUUUCACUGCUUUGAUGGUGUAAUGUGUCUUUUCUGGCAGUCAGGGCAUCACAGCUAUAUACAGAUCCUUAUUCAGGUGAAAUUGUAUUUACUUCUCAUAAGUCAGUGGUAUAGAAAAAGGCUGUGAUUUGUUUGUUUGUGUGUUUGUUUUAAAAAGUCCACCUGAUAACUGUUUGUUAAAUUUAAUUUUACAGGGACCAUUGUGAUCAAUUUGCUGUAACCUAAGAACUUGUCUUUUACCAUUACAUACCAUACAGCCAGCAUUUGCUUUUUCAGCUUCACCAAACAAAGAAAAACAUUUUAGUAAUGUGGUUUCAUACUUUUACAGUACACUACUUCUUUUUUGAUACUUUCCUGUGCUUUGUUUCUACAUGUGGAGACUGUAACUGCACCCUUUAGUGUUUUAUUUCCCAUGCUCUAUGUUAGAGCCUAUUACAAGCACAUUUAUAGUGCUGCCAUGUGUGUGAGGGGGGCCUGAAAUUAGUGUAAACCGGUGUAAAAAAAGUUGGGCAAUAUGUACAAGAGGUAUGUAACAGUGGAGAUUGAAAACAGUGGUUGGUUUAAUGGGAUUCUGCAGUUAAGAGUCAAACUUUUUUUUUUCUUUAAAUCGGGCAAGGUCAUAAAUCCACAAAUUCAGGCAGGGCCCAGUGACAUACACUUUAUAAAGCAUCUAUAAAUAUUAAACACUCACUAGUGCUGAAUUUAGAAAUACUAAAAUAAACUUGAAUUCCUUGAAAAAUGUUUUCCAGGAGUCUUUUUCAGUGUCAUGGUGACUUCCAUUUUGAAACUUGUCACUGAAUUUCAGUUUUUUUUAUUAUUAUUUUUUUUUUAGUAUUUCUAAUAAAUUAACCAAGGUAGUGAAGUAAAGAACAGUAAUUUGGGUUUGUAUUACGUUAUGAAUGUAACAAGCUCAUUGGCCUUCUACUCCCUGCAGUUGUUUUGAAUUCAACCAGAAAAAUAUAGAGCUGCCUUAUUAUUUCCUUUAUGUUUUAUGGCGCUGUUGAAAGCUAAUCAAACAUCGUGGCACAGGAGGACGAGCCCUGAACAGACCCCUGCUUUCGCCAAAAAAAACAACUAGAUAUAGUGUUCACAUCCCAUAAGCUUCUAACCACAUAUGCAGUGUACGCUGCCUCUCAACACUGUCAUCUGUCCGGAACAGGAGGGGAAAAAAAAACAGUAGAGGGGUUCCAAAAAAUAUAGCUUUACACGUCCCCAGGUGUUGCUACAGCUGCUUAAAUAACAUACCUAUAAUUUUUAUUUAUAAUUGUUAACAUCCUGACAACUUUUUACACUUAUAGCUUUAAAGUGUGUUUCAAAGCUCUUCAAAAUGUCUGUUGCACUGAGGUUUGAGAUCUGUCCUCUAAUCGGUGGUUUGCAACCCUGGUCCUGGAGACCCACUGUGUCUGUUGGUUUUCAUUCCAGCUGAGCUCUCAAUUACUAAACUAGACCCUUAAUUGAAAAAUUUGCUUAAUUUUAAAAUGUCAUUUUCUCCAGCUGUGUAACACAUAUGGGGCUGUGCGUUCGUGUACCUUUCUGUCCGGAUUUAUUAAAUAAGUGUUAAGGAUACAGAAACCCAGCGUAACGUAUUUGAUAUGAAGUGUCCAAAGAACACAGCAGACUAGAAUGUAUUAAAUUGGUCUCUGAGGGACUGUGCCAUUCUUCUGUAUCAGUAUUGUAUCUUGAUAUAUGCCCAGUUUUCUUGCAAUGUAUUUGAUGAGAUUUCAAAUGGCAGUUCAGCUUGCUAGAUAGGGAGGAGAUCAUGUCCCUCAGAAAUUGAACCGGAACAGAAUAUCUGUUUAUUGCCCAAUUCUGAUUUUGAGUUUACACUAAUUUUAAUGUAAAUUGCUUGAUUGUUUUUCCCAUCUGUGUAUCUAUUUGCUUUUUAAUGUUGACACAAAGUUAAAGGAGGUGAUAUUGCACUCUUGGUUUAUGAUCAAAACAAAGCCAUAUCAAAUCAAACACAAAAGCACCUGAAAGUCAAGCCAAAGGGUUAAGCUUUGUCUGUCUUUUUUUUGCCUGUUAGCCUGGCUAGCAGUUUUUACUCAAUCUACAGUUCUGUUGAAUGUAACUGAUAACUGGCAAUCAGACUGAAUCUCCUUUGACUUUAUCCUGUCAGAACUGUUGUGAAAAUCAAUACAGACUCCACAUUGCUCUGCCCUUUUAAGCUAAAAUUGUGCACUGUAAAAAUAAAUGUUUUCAUAUUUACAGCAAGUAAAAUGUUGUCCAACAUCCAAGCUAUGUAUUGUUGUACUUUUAUUGUCUACUGUAAAUUCCUUUGUUAAGGCUGUGCCGACACACACAUAUUUCAUGUACUGUAUGCUAAUGUAUAGAUUUAAAAUUAUGUAUGUAAAAUUGAGUGUAAUAGCAAAUACUUGCGUAUAGUUUAAUCAAAACUGGUAAUGUACUUAGAUACUAAUAAAUACUUACUAAGGUAUUAUCAGAAAUCAGAUACUUUUUCUUAAAGAUUUACCACAGAAUUUAUGAUUUUAGUAUUUCAAGUUAUGGCUGUACAGUCACAUUUACAUGAAAUAAACUACAUUGUAACAAA